CCUUAGAAACGUAAAAGGCAGCAAACAUUUUUUCUCCUAAAAUUUAUGUUGUUCCCGGUAGUUCCCCGUCUUCUCCGUUUUUGCCUGUUUUCCUUAAGUCGUCUUUGCCUCCUCUCUCACCCCAUUUGAAUAGUUUUGUUGAUUCAACCUUCAGUGCUUCUCACCACCUCUGCUAGGCCUCCCUUGGCCUGUGGUAUGAAACUGCAACUCCAAGCCCACCAUUGCAUCUACUUUUCUUUUCUGUUUUAGUUUUCUCCUUAGGAUUUCUCACCACCAGACAUCUUCUGUUUCACUUGGUUGUGGUCUGUCUGUCCCCACCAGCGUGUGAGCAGGGUGAGCACAGGGCAUCGUCAGCUGCCUUGUUUGCUGCGGUGUUCUUGGUGCUUAGUGUGGGGCUCGGUGAGUAGCCCACGCUCCACCAGUGUUUGUUGAAUGACUGAAUGAAAUGUACAUGAAGCAGACAGGGAGCCCUAUCAUCCACCCUCCGGCAUUCUUUCAGUCUCUGCUGCCUUGCCUUGUUAGGCAACCGCACUACUCCCUGAUCUUCUGCCAUAGACCUUAUCUUUAAUUCUGGCCAUUGGUAUCUCCUCUGAGGCGACAACUGUCUGUGAGCAGCUAACUUGGUGGGUAGGAAUCCAUCCUAGUGGCAGAGGACAGGUGUCAUGUCUUGGUAGGGGGAACCUGUUGGGUUCCCUUUGGCAGGAUGGAAUGGGAUGCCGUGGUGGGAGUGCUCUGCAUAGGAGUUAAGACAGGUGAGAUGUCUGACCAGGAUGGGCCCCAGCACCAGAGUAAGCAUUUAGAGAAAAGAAAAGCCAAUUCCUUUGCAGUGCUCAGUUCCAUUAGUUUAUAAUUAAUUCAUUAUGUUAUAUUAGUUCCAUUUGAGGUGGGCUGGCUCAUUAUGGAAGUUUUAUUUAGACAAUGGCUCUGUGUGUGGAAGGUCUCACCUGCCUGGAUGGGCUGCAGAUGGGGGUGGGAUUUUCGGAGGAGGCAGACCGCAGACUUUUUUUUGGGUAAUGAUAUAACUUGUUUGGGAGCGGAGCCCUUCAGGCAAAUGGUAUGGAAGGAGUGGGAUGGUUGAUUCCAGGGGAGGACGUGGGCGAUAGGGUGUUUGGAAUGGAGUAACUAAGGACCCAGAGGUGCUCACCUGAGCUCACAGGUGGGAAGAGGAACUCAGGGUGGUAUAUUAAGGUAGGGCACACGGGCUAUCUCCAAAGUUGCCUGUUGCCUGCGCUUUCAGUGCUGCUCCAACACGCCCUCUGCUGUCCUGGACGUGUCCUGCAUCCUUGUUUUCCUGUUGACUGUACCUGCUUUGUGUUAACCGCACAGCAUUUAUUCCAGAAGGAGAUACUUCUGUGCAGAUACUAGUUGGCUAUAAUUUAUCAUCUAUGGUGGUUCAGAAUUCCAGGGAGAGUUUUUUAGAAAGGGGAAAUUCACUGUCUUUGUGUUUGUGUUUGGGGUGAAACUGGUGGAUUUGGAUCACACCCUCAGAAUUAGUGGACUGAUGCCUCAGGCACCUCGGCUUUGUGUGGUGGGUCUGUCUCUGACUGGCUUAUCGUCGAGUUGGGAUAUCUGAGGAAGAGCAUUCUAGGCAGAGAGGAUAGAAAGAAAGACUGGAGCACAAGGGGAGAAUGAAGGUGAGGGUGGUGUGCUUUUAACACUUGGUGGAUCCCGGACAUCUUUCCAUUUCAGUAUUUUCAGACCUAACCUCAUCCACGUUGACGAGUUUUGCUCUUGAAAGACAGCAAGAAACUGUAUCUUCAAUGGCUUCGUUGGUGGCUUAUGAUGACUCGGACUCUGAGGCUGAGCCCGAACCUGCGGGAAGUUUCAAUCCUGCUGGCCAGAGGAAAGACACCUCUGAUGUGGUCAGACCUCCUGGGCAGAACGUAGCCCCGGGAUCCCUGCCCGCAAAGCCCGGUUCUCGAGAAGACCCAGCCAGGUGUCAUCUCCCGCUGGUCCGACUCUGGAGAAGUGAUCCGGGAUCUUGCCCCAGCCAGAGGCUACAGUGGCCCCGGACAGAGCCUGAAGUCACCUUCUCCACCAGCGAGCCUCCUCGUCCUUCCCUGUGGACCACCCGUGCUCCAGCUGGCCAUGUGCCCCUGGCAGCUGCCCGCUUCAAGCAGGUGAAACUCACCUGGGGAACUUACGAGCCCCCUGAGCCAUCUUUCUGUGCCAGGACCAAAUCUGAAACCCCAGGUAAAAAUGGCAGCUCUCUUCAGAGGAAGAGGUGUGAGGACUGUGUCAUUCCCUACACCCCGAAAAGACUAAGACAGCUGCAAGCACUCAGCACAGAAACAGGCAAGAGUAAAGACACAGAGGCACAGGGUCCCUCUGCAGGGCGGGCCCCGGCCCCAGCCCCGCUCUGUGUGGCGUCCCGAGUGUCCGAGUUUAUUCAGCCAUAUUUGGACAGUCCAUAUAAGGAAACCAAGAUUCCCAGGAAUGUGCUCUUCCACCUGAGAGGCCACCGGGGCCCUGUCAACAGCGUUCAGUGGUGUCCAGUCCUUUCUCAGAGCCACAUGCUUCUCUCAACUUCUAUGGAUAAAACCUUCAAGGUGUGGAACGCCGUGGACUCUGGGAGCUGCUUGCAGACCUACUCCCUGCAUGGCGAGGCCGUGCGCGCUGCCCGGUGGUCCCCCUGCGGCCAGCGCAUCCUCAGCGGUGGUUUCGACUUUGCCGUGCACCUCACAGACCUUGAAACAGGAACCCAGCUAUUCAGUGGUCAAAGUGACUUCAGAGUCACUACCUUGAAAUUCCAUCCGAGAGACCACAGUCUUUUUGUAUGUGGAGGCUUCAGCUCUGAAAUGAAAGCUUGGGAUAUAAGGACCAGCAAGGUGGUGAGAAGCUACAAGGCAACCAUCCAGCAGACCUUGGACAUCCUCUUUCUCCGGGAGGGCUCUGAGUUCCUGAGCAGCACAGAUGCUUCGAGCCGGGACUCUGCCGACCGCACCAUUAUUGCCUGGGAUUUCCGGAGCUCUGCCAAAAUCUCCAACCAGAUUUUCCACGAGAGGUACACCUGCCCCAGCCUCACCCUGCACCCGAGGGAGCCGGUGUUCCUGGCCCAGACCAAUGGCAACUACCUGGCCCUCUUCUCCUCCGUGUGGCCCUACCGGAUGAGCAGAAGGCGGCGCUAUGAAGGACACAAGGUGGAAGGCUAUUCAGUGGGCUGCGAGUGCUCCCCCGAUGGUGACCUGCUGGUGACGGGCAGCGCUGACGGCCGGGUCCUGAUGUACAGCUUCCGCACGGCCAGCCGUGCCCGCACGCUGCACGGGCACUCGCAGGCCUGUGUCGGCGCCACCUUCCACCCCCUGCUGCCCUCUGUCCUCGCCACCUGCUCCUGGGAGGGAGACAUUAAGAUCUGGCACUGAGCCUCCUGGCAUGGAACUUUCCAGAUUCUGGCUGGCCAGGCCCCCGGCUCCCCUUUGUCUUCGGGGUGGGUGGGUGUGUGUGAUGAGGAAGCAGAGGUUGGCUUCAGGCUCAGACUUGGGCGGAAGCUGCCUCCCCCACCCUGUGACCUCCAUUUCUUCAUCUGUAAAAUGGGGGCAAAAAUCUGUCUGUCUCAGGGUUGUGAGGACUUCAUUAGUGAAAGCACCUGGCAGGUCGCUGGUGAUAAUAAACAUGGGUGUUUUGCUAUCU